AUGACUCCCAGAAAUGCAUUCCUUGUUCUUAUGUUUUCUAUCAUCUCUUUCGCCAUAAUCUGUUCCUCCCAUGCAUCAGACUCCAUCACCAGCAACCAAUCCCUGUCUGGUGACCAGAGGCUCUUCUCCGUAGGUGGUAACUUUGUGCUUGGUUUCUUCUCCAAAGAUGAAUCCUCUAGCAAAUUCUACAUCGGAAUAUGGUACAAAAGAGUCUCAGAGCUGACCCCUAUUUGGGUGGCCAACAGAGCCACCCCAGUCUCAGACAUUACCAAGUCUCUGCUUCAUAUCUCCAAAGACGGUAACUUGGCUCUGCUUGAACAAUCCAAGUCCCUCAUAUGGUCAACCAACGCCACCAUAUCCUCCAAUUUUUCCACAGCUGCUGUCCUCCAAGACAACGGGAACCUCAUCUUGACAGACGCUGACAACUCCUCUAACAUCUUCUGGCAGAGUUUCGAUAACCCAACUCAUAUUUGGUUUGCUGGAAGCAAGAUUAAAUUAAACCAGAGAAUCAUUUCAUGGAAGAACUCUGAGGACCCAGCUCCAGGAUUAUUCUCAAACGUGCUACAGGAGGAUACUCAGAACGUACUCCAGUGGAACAUGAGCCAGACCUACUGGACUUCAGGGCCCUGGAAUGGCCACAUAUUCACUGGAUUGCCAGAGAUGACGUCAAAUUACCCGUUUAAGCUUACCCGUGUUAUUAACUCUGAAGAGAGCUACUUCACCUUCACCCUCGUGGGCAACGCCUUAGGUCCUUUUGUUUAUAAGAUCGAUGUCUCGGGCCAGAUGAAGGCGAUGAUGUGGAUUGAAUCCACCAAAAACUGGACUUCGGUCUUCGUCGUGCCAGACAACCAGUGUAACGUCACUAAAUUCUGUGGGCCCUUCGGCAGCUGCAACGAGCAGAGGCAGCAGCACUGCAGUUGCUUGAAGGGAUUCAGCCAAAGAUCACUCAAAGAUUGGGCUUUGAGUGACUAUAGCGGAGGCUGUGUCCGGGCCACACCAUUGCAGUACUGUGAUGGCACUGGCUCAGAUUACGUUGGUGAGAGAGAUAAGUUUUUCCAGAUGUCCAGUGUGAGAUUGCCUGAUGAUGGCCAGAGUCUGCUAGUUGGUAGUGACGAUGAAUGUAUGCAGGCUUGCUUGUACAACUGCUCUUGCACUGCCUAUUCUUAUAAUGGCACAAGUUGCACUGUAUGGUAUAGUGAUUUGUAUAAUCUUCAAGAUCAAUAUGAAGGAUCAGGUGAAGGAACUCUCUACCUCCGUCUAGCUGCUUCUGAGCUCCCAAGUCACCACAAGAAAGGAAGUGUUUCUGGUCUUGUUGCCGGUCUGGUAGCUGCAUCUUUGGUUUGUUUCGGGAUCCUCUGUAUUCUGGUAACAUUAAGGAGAAGGAGAAGAAGAGCUUUCAAGUUAGUUAUGGGAGGCUUGGUGGCCUUCAGAUACAGUGACUUGCAACGUGUGACCAAGAACUUCUCCGACAAACUGGGAGCCGGGAGCUUUGGUUCUGUUUUUAAAGGUGUGUUACCAGAUUCAACUGCUAUUGCUGUCAAGAAACUAGAAGGACUUCGUCAAGGUGAGAAGCAAUUCAGAGCGGAGGUGAGCACGCUUGGGACCAUUCAACAUGUUAAUCUAGUUCCUUUCCGGGGGUUCUGUGCUGAAGGGAAAGAAAGGUUGCUUGUUUUUGAGUAUAUGCCUAAUGGUUCUCUGGAUUCGCAUCUCAUUCAUGGCAAUGAUAACGUCUUAGGCUGGUCCACUCGUUAUCGAAUUGCACUUGGAAUUGCCAGAGGAUUAGAGUACCUGCAUGAAAAAUGCAGAGAGUGUAUCAUCCAUUGUGACAUCAAACCAGAGAACAUACUUUUGGAUGCUGAGUUUAACCCUAAGGUGGCUGAUUUUGGUCUUGCAAAGCUGCUUGGCAGGGAGUUUAGUCAUGUGUUAACUAGCAUGAGAGGAACCAUUGGGUAUCUGGCCCCGGAAUGGAUUACAGGAUUAGCAAUCACACCAAAGGCUGAUGUUUAUAGCUUUGGUAUGAUGCUAUUGGAAAUAAUAUCAGGGAAGAGAAAUAGAAAGCAAUUAGCGGAGAGCGGAGAUUAUUAUUUCCCUGCUCAGGCAGUAGUUAAAGUGAGAGAAGAUAUGGUUCAAUGCUUGUUGGAUGAUAGAUUGCAGGGAAACGCCAACAUGGAUGAAUUAGUUAUAGCUUGUAGAGUUGCUUGCUGGUGCAUUCAAGGUUUGGAAAGUCAAAGGCCAACAAUGGGGUUGGUUGUUCGGAUGCUUGAAGGAAUCACCGAGGUUAGCAUACCUCCAAUUCCUGGUAUUUUUCGCGGCCUGGGUAUCGAUGCGGAUGAGUAG